UCCGUCCAUCCAUCAUCAUCACAGUCGGAGUUUGGAGUUCUCGCGUCUCGCGCGUGUGUAUCUGGUGCGUUGUCCGUGUGUCGUCCAUCGUUUUCCUGAACGAAAAUUUCUGAGAUUUUGUGCGGCGGAAAUACCAUCGGCUUACUGGUGUUUUUAGUGCUUUUAUGUUUUGAAUGUUUUCUUUAGAGGAAGUGUUGUGUUGAAGUCGAUCUGCCAGUGGUGAAGUGAGAAAGAAAACAUAGAAAACAAAAUCUCAAGUGUUUUGCAUUUGUGAAUGGAAUAAUCACGCAAUAAAAAAGGCCGUCAAAACGGAUCCAAUCAGUGGUGUAAACAACGACAUCAACAGUGCCAGCAGCUGUAGUAACAGUGAAGGAGGAGGAGGUGGCGGAAGUCGCAAACGAAAGUUAGCCGCCAUGUACAAGAUGCCCGAGAUUAAGCCCAUUCCGAUGCAACCCCAGCAGCAGCUACCGCAGGGUGGUGGAGGCCCCAACGGGCGUCAGCCAAAGGCCACCCCCAUCACAGACGAUUACGAGAUAUCCAACACCGUCCUGGGGUUGGGCAUCAACGGAAAGGUUGUGCAGUGCACUGCCAAGAAGACCAGCAACAAAUAUGCCUUGAAGGUACUGCACGACAAUGCUAAGGCCCGACGCGAGGUGGAACUGCACUGGCGGGCCAGCGGUUGCCGCAACAUUGUAAAUAUCAUCGACGUGUACGAGAAUAGCUACAGCGGCAAUCGGUGUCUGCUGGUCGUCAUGGAAUGCAUGGAAGGAGGUGAACUAUUUCAACGAAUUCAGGAACGACAGGAUGGACCAUUCACUGAAAGAGAGGCCGCCCAAAUUAUGCAUGAAAUCUGUGUCGCUGUCAAGUACUUGCACGAUUCCAAUAUCGCACACCGGGACCUGAAGCCGGAGAACCUGUUGUACACGUCGCCCCACCCGAACGCGAUACUGAAACUGACCGAUUUUGGCUUCUCGAAGGAAACGUUCGUCAAGGACACCCUGCAGACGCCCUGCUACACGCCGUACUACGUCGCGCCGGAAGUGCUCGGACCGGAGAAGUAUGACAAGAGCUGUGAUAUCUGGUCGCUCGGAGUGAUCAUGUACAUUCUACUGUGCGGUUUCCCGCCAUUCUACAGCAACCACGGGCUGGCCAUUUCGCCGGGAAUGAAGACACGCAUCCGCACCGGACAGUACGACUUCCCCAACCCCGAGUGGCAAAACGUGAGCCAAGCGGCCAAAGAUCUCAUCAAGGGUAUGCUCAGCGUAGAGCCGGAAAAGCGACUCACCAUCGAUCAGGUCAUGCGCAACCCAUGGGUCCGACUAUAUACUGAGGUGCCCCAAACGCCGCUACACACAGGUCGAGUCCUGAAGGAAGGUGAGGAAACCUGGCCGGAAGUGCAGGAAGAAAUGACGCGAUCCCUAGCCAACAUGCGCGUGGAUUACGAUCAGAUGCACAUUAAAAAUCUUGACAGCUCGAACAAUGCCCUGUUGAACAAGCGAAGAAAACGGGGCGAAGAUAAGGUUAAGAACUAAGCCUUCCACCGUUACCAUCCAACGCAACUGCUGAUGAUACGCAAGAAUCAAAUCAAUGCUGCUGCUUAUUGAAUACGCCCGAAAUGCUGCAAAUCGUUACAUUGUUCCACGUGGUACCGACACACACACACAUCCGUUUCUAUUGUGCUGCAGCUCUCGAGGAGGAUGUAAUCGAUGAUCGUUGAUUGUUCGUGAUUUUACUAAGAUGACGUGUGAAUUCUUUUAGUUUUGUACAUAACGUGUAAGGACAUAGGGGCACGGUGAUCGUGACAUAGUUUGUAAGGUUCAGGAUGGAAAGUGCAUAUUGCUAUUUAUAUUAUUAUUAGACGAUUGUUUGCGUAGCAAACAAAUGAGUAGUCCGUAAAUCACAAUAGAUAUGCUAGAUGAAAAACAAUAGCGAGCGAGUCAAAGGUUGUGCGUGCGUGUGGUUUAGCACAGUUCCGGAAGAGAACCGACAUAGGAAGCAGAGUUCAAAGCGUUUUAACUAUUAUACACAGUAGAACGAGGGGGUAGCAGAAAAUUGAAAACAAUAGUCGUCGUGGUUGUUUUGGGCCAAGUGAGCUCAAACUGAAAUUUUACGGGAUGGUUAAAUUUUCCGGAAUCGUUAACUGCAUAUUUUGUAGCAUAGCAAUGAGUCGCGUUUUACUGCUAUUUUCACUAAUCUAAAAAGAGACAAUAGCUUUUCUCCGUGCAUUAUGAUGUUUUAAUCAACCAGAACGUAUUUGUUUUGCUAGUUACAUAUUUUUUAGUUUUAGUUUUUAACUUUAUGAAAGACGUAACAACUGAAACGUAUUAGGUUAAGUUUAAAAGAUACGUAGGAAGUAACGUAUUUAUUACGUAACCAAUGAUUUAUUUUGUUUAAUUCAUUGAAUAUAUAAUCAAAACAUCACUAAGUAAAUGUGCUAAGACAAUUGAAUAACUUUCCAACAAUCAAGUUCUGCAGUAGCGGAUAAAAGUAUGUAUAUUAUUGACUAUCGUUGCCAGAUGUGGCAUUUCUCUUAGUUCGCGUCAUCUACGUAAACUGACAGGAUUAUGCUGAAGGUUGUUGUGCUGCUUUUCCCCGAAUGUCGUAUCUCCGAUUUUUCGAAUGCCGUUUCUUAUGAUCAUUUGUUGUUCGCCCUUCUUUACAUUGUAGCACCUUCAACAAAAAAUGCUGAAUAAAGAACGACAAUAGUGCUCUUUUCGAUUGCUACUUGUUCUUUUUAUCAUUAUAUUGUUCCUAAUGGUUUUGCAUCUUAAUGUCGGAUAACUCUUUAAACAACCUAUUUUCUAGGGAUCUCGAACAUUUUGUGGUAAGGGAUCAUUUCGAAAGAGGAAGUAAUGUAUACCCUUGUCAAAGAAACCGGCGUUUAGGGAGGUAAUAGUAUCAAAACAUUCAAAUCCUGGUAGGCACUGUUCAGAAUAUGUUACCAAGUUUAAGUUAACAAGUUCUAUACAUGAAUUUGAAAAUGAAAUAUUAUACUUUUGUCAGCUACUGUUUCCUUCCCUACUUAGUUAGUAUUAUCAUUUUUGAGUGAUUCCAAGGUUUCUAGACUCAAACUGCGUCGUUGUCACACUAUGAAAACAAAUCUGAAAUUGUGUGUUUCUUUUUUAUAAAACUUUUAAAUAUGAAGCUGGAAAGUAUUUAGUACAUUGGCUUUUUGAACAUAACCUCAUAUAUUGAGAUAUAGUAAAAUUUGUAUCUCCGAUUCUAUGGAGUGUGCAUUUUUAUUAGUUUUUUUUAUGUUUCCGAAUAUUUUAAAAUUGCGUAACGCAUUCAUUCCAUUGGACUCAUUGGAGUAUUGCUCUUGUGUUUUUGUUUUUGGGAAAACAUUUCCAGUUUUAACCCUUUCCCGCCCAUGGUGUCUGUAGAGCACCAUAACUUUCAACCCUUGUAUCUCUGAGACUAAUGAAGUUUUUUGAAUGUUGUUAAUUGUAAAUUAUGAUUUCACACGUUGUUCUCUAUCUAAAGGCAUCACGCUAAGUAUGCGCAUACAAAUUCAAUGUUUUUUGUCAAAAAAAGUUUUCACGAAGAGCUAUUUUUUCGACAAAAAAAUAAUGACAAACUUAGACGUCUCAAUUAAUGGCAUAGUUAUCCUCAUGAGUUGAAAUAAAAAUAGUUCUCUAACAGAUUUACUAUUUAUUUGUGUAGUCAUACGUUGAAAAGAACUGAAAUGUGUAUUUAAACACUUAAUUUGAUACAAUAUGAAUGGUGCAUAUAUGCACCAAUGGGCACAUGGCGUGCAAAAAAUAAGCAAUUUUCCAAUGUAAUCAUUGUUUGCAUCCAAAUCUAGAAUUCUGGUGGCAUUAAAGUUCGAAGUUUCUGAGAACAACUUUUUUUGAAUUGUAAUGAAUUUGUAUAAAACUGGUUCGGAAAGUGAUUUUCUUGGAUUGUCAAAUAAAGCAUCCUGUGAUUUGACCAUUUUUAACGAGAAAAAUCAUGAAAUAAAGUUCUCCAAAUGCCUGGUGGUGCUCCAGAGCACCACCUCACAUUUGAGUUGUAAUAGCCUUAAACGAUAAUUUUGGCAUAGAAAAUAUGGUUUUGUUCUACCAUUUUUAUCAAAAAUAAUAAAAACCAUUUUUAAACACUAAGAGAAGUCAUGGGCGGGAUAGGGUUAAAAGCAUUUUCAGUCGAUCCGGUGAAAAGUAUGACUAGAAUCAAUACAAGUUUCAUGCAUCUGAAAAAGAUGAGCAUUGCUCCGGAAUAUUUAAAUUGGAGUGUUGAAAAAUACUUUCGAGCUAAUUUACUUCAAGCAGUUUGACCAUGAGCCUAGAGACCAUGAGCAUAAUAAUCAACGGAAUUGAAGUUAGUACCAGUGGCUCUAUUAAUUCCAAACAACGAUUAAACAGUAAUAGCAUCGAUAUCGACUAAUAAAAUAUAGAAACAUAAUUGAUACACAACCAGUAGCGUCCCGAGGAGGAGUUUUGAAAAUAAAUUCCGAUAGAGACACCCGUAAACUGAGCAAACAAAAAUCUGUCCCGAAUUUACAGUGACUAAAUUGAAGGUUGUUAAGGAAAUCCAUACGCAUGAAAAUGCGAAAACUUAAGGCGUAAUACAGUUUUCUAUCAACAUAUGUACCACAGCUAACAUAGAACGCUCACACACAUAUAGGUGAAUAUAUGUUGAAAAAAAAAAAACAGAAAUCAUUAAAAUUCUACAGCCAUCCAUACCGGCGAGAGUGUGGUAGAGUCAUGUGUCGUCCGAGCUGCAUCAGAUGAUUAAGGUUAGAAACUACAGAAACUGGCAUGUACCUAAAACAGUAGAUCGAAUCAGAACCAGCUCAAACGUUGUUCCCCCUCCAUAGCUUAGAUGAAACUCCAUCCAUUGUUGAUACGCGUUAGUCGAGCCAUCCGCGGUUUGAUUUUAAACCUUCUCUCAGAUAAGCCACCAUAUUUUAGGGGUGAACCAGCCUGUGGCUGCAAACACAUAUUUAUGACGAAGAAAGGUAGUUCUGAUGAUCAAUAGCGAAGCAUCAGGGUUUGAAGCUUAAUUUGGAUAAAGGUAUUUUUAAAUUCGUCGCGAAAUCACUACAACUUUCUUCCACUUAGAAUAUGAUUUUCAACAUAAAAAUUCCAAUCGUCAAUCAACAAUCUAUUCACAUUUGUUUUAUCUAGUUUGAAAACAACAUGUACACAUCUAAAAGUUCUUAAACUGCUGAAACAUCAACGAAGUUGUCUACGUAGCUACUAUCUAUCACAACUGGUGAAUCCAUGGUAAUGCUAGGUAUUUAGUACCACCAAUCAUACAAAAAAGUAAAGAAGACAGACACAUCACAGAAAAGAAUGAGAACUAAUUAGCUAGCUAGCUGGCUAGAGCUAGACGACCCCAGUCUUACUACCUACUACUUACAAUCCAUUUUAUUUCCACUUUCCAAUGGUUACGGAAAUAUAUUGUUGAACCUAAUGCAAAUGCUGUGUUGAAAAAGUUGAAAA